AUGCGCGAGGGCGAGGGCGUGGCUGCGGGCGUUCUCGAAAGCUCUGGCGUCACGCUGGACAAGGUCCGUGCGGAGACGCAGCGGCUGCUCAGCCAGAGCAUUUCUCCUGGCCAGCAACAGGGCCGCGGCGGCGCUGCCACCACGACUCGCACCCCCAUCCUCGACCAAUUGGGCGUCGACCUGACGGCCCUGUCCCGCAACAACAAGCUGGACCCGGUUUGGGGCCGCCAGAAGGAAUUGCAGCGGGCCGUCCAGAUCCUCUCCCGCCGGACCAAGAACCACCCCGUGCUCAUGGGCGAGCCCGGCGUCGGCAAGACCGCCAUCGUGGAGGCGCUUGCCCAGAAGAUCAUCGCCAAUGACGUGCCGGAAACGCUGAACGGCAAGCGGCUCGUCACCCUGGACAUGGGCGCUCUGGUCGCUGGCACCAAGUACCGCGGCGAGUUCGAGGAGCGCCUGAAGAAGGUGCUGGAAGAGAUCAAGACCGCCGGCAACUGCAUCCUCUUCAUCGACGAGAUGCACACCCUCGUGGGCGCGGGCGCGGCCGAAGGCGCCGUGGACGCCGCCAACAUCCUGAAGCCGUCGCUGGCCCGUGGCGAGAUUCGCGUCAUCGGCGCCACCACCCUGGACGACUACCGCAAGUACGUGGAGCGCGACCCGGCGCUGGAGCGCCGCUUCCAGCCCGUGCUGGUGGAGGAGCCGUCCGAGGAAGACACGACGCAGAUCCUGCGUCACGUGAAGAGUCGUUACGAGGAACACCACAACCUGAUCAUCACCGACGAGGCGCUUGUCGCCGCGUCGAGGCUCGCGGCCCGCUUCAUCCCGGACCGCUUCCUGCCCGACAAGGCCAUCGACCUCAUCGACGAGGCCGCUUCCCGCGUGCGCAUCCGCCACAGCACUAUGCCGCUCUCCGUCAAGGAAGCGAUGAAGGUGCUGGAGAACGUCCGCAGCGAGAAGGAAGAGGCCCUGUCCGACCAACAGUACGAGUUCGCCGCAGAGCUCCGCGAGCGCGAGCUCAACCUCGCCGGCAAGGUGGAGAGCCUGGAGGGCGAGUGGCAGGAGACCAAGGAAAACGAGCACCCCAGCGUCACGCCGGACGACAUCGCUGAGGUCGUGGGCAUGUGGACGGGCAUCCCCGUCACGCGCCUGCAGACCCAGGAGACGGAGCGGCUGCUCCAAAUGGAACAUCACCUGCACGACCGCAUCAUCGGCCAGGAUGAGGCCAUUGUGGCCGUCUCCAAGGCCGUGUGGGUAAGACCGAGUUGGCACGGGCGCUCUCCGAGUUUCCUCUUUGGCUCCGACGACUCGUUGACCCGCCUGGACAUGUCGGAGUUCAUGGAGCGCCACACCGUCGCCCGGCUCGUCGGCGCACCUCCCGGAUACAUCGGCUACGACGACGGCGGCCAGCUGACGGAGGCUAUCCGCCGCAAGCCUCACUCGGUCAUCCUGCUGGACGAGAUCGAGAAGGCCCACCCGGACGUCUACAACAUCCUUCUGCAGAUCUUCGACGACGGCCACCUGACCGACGCCAAGGGCCGCAAGGUGGACUUCCGCAACGCGGUCAUCAUCAUGACCAGCAACCUGGGGUCCGACCUGAUCAGGCGCGACACCCGCUUGGGCUUCGCGUCCAAGCUGAAUGACGGACGCGCCUUUGAGCAGGACUACGAGCGUAUGAAGGGACAAGGUCAUGGAAGAGGUGAAGCGGAGCACAUCAUUCAGAUUGUCGACCUCAUGAUCAAGCAGGUCCGCGGCGAGGUGAAGGACCAGGAGAUGGAUCUCGAGGUCACGCGGGCCGCCAAGGCGAAGCUGGCUGAGGACGGCUACGACCCGCACCUGGGCGCCCGGCCGCUGCGCCGUGUGAUCCAGAGCAAGGUGGAGGACAAGCUCUCCGAAGAGAUCCUCUCCGGCAAGUUCGUGCCCGGCGACAACAUCCUCCUGGAUCUGGACGAGAACGGCGAGAUUGUGACGCACCUCAGCCUUGAGGCCGCAGAACCGACGGAGCCGGUGGAGCCAGCGCCCGCCACCUAG